AUGGGGGGUGGACACUUUUUUGGUCCCACGAACACACUAUUUGUCCAUUUGACCAUUAUAGUCACGGAGCGACCACGGGACCCUUGCGGACCACCGCCCCGACCCCAGGCCCCACCCCCCCAGGUCCACGGAACCACUAUUUGUCCAUUUGACCAUUAUAGUGACGGAAAGACCACGGGACCCCUGCGGACCGGCCCCCAACCCCCCCUGGUCCACGAAACCACUAUUUGUCCAUUUGACCAUUAUAGUCACGGAACGACCACGGGACCCUUGCGGACCACCGCCCGACCCCAGGCCCCACCCCCAUGGUCCACGAAACCACUAUUUGUCCAUUUGACCAUUAUAGUCACGGAACGACCACGGGACCCUUGCGGACCACCGCCCCGACCCCAGGCCCCACCCCCCCAGGUCCACGAAACCACUAUUUGUCCAUUUGACCAUUAUAGUGACGGAAAGACCACGGGACCCCUGCGGACCACCGCCCGACCCCAGGCCCCACCCCCCCAGGUCCACAAAACCACUAUUUGUCCAUUUGACCAUUAUAGUGACGGAAAGACCACUGGACCCCUGCGGACCGGCCCCCAACCCCCUCUGGUCCACGAAACCACUAUUUGUCCACUUGACCAUUAUAGUCACGGAGCGACCACGGGACCCUUGCGGACCACCGCCCGACCCUGGCCCCAGCCCCCAGGACCACGAAACCACUAUUUGUCCAUUUGA